AUGUUAUCACGUCUUGGACUUCAACAAACUACAAAGUUAUCAUCAAAAUUAAUUAAACCAACAUUAAUAAGAGGUAUAAAAACAAUUCCUCAACCACCUGGAUUUAUUGUGGGAACAGUAAAUGAUGCUUAUGUACCACCAAAACCUCAUAAAUUAGAAGGAUCAUAUCAUUGGACAGCAGAAAGAUUAGUAAGCAUUGGAUUAGUUCCAUUAACUUUAGCUCCAUUAUUUACAGGUGCUUCUACAUUAGUUGAUUCUACAUUAAGUGCUUUAUUAUUGUAUCAUUGUUAUGCUGGUUUUCAAUCAUGUAUUAUAGAUUAUAUUCCAAAAAGAGUUUAUGGUAGUUUGCAUAAUUAUGCUAUGUAUCUUUUAACUUUGGGUACCGGAAUUGCUGGUUAUGGUGUUUAUGUAAUGGAAAAAAAUGAUGGUGGAUUAUAUAACAUAAUUACUAAAGUAUGGAAAGCCUAA